AUGCCUUUGGUCGCCCUACAGAAUCGCCGAAGCAGCAAGAUAGACUCAGCGCCACAGCCUGAGAGCCUACCAGGCCAAUCGCUCCCUCAUCCAAAUGCUGUGCCUCAGCAUUCGUUGGCUCCAUUUUCUUCGCCCGGGAUCUCGCUCGACUCAUACCAUCAUAUAGACGCCUCUGAUGCACCGGAGAUUUCUAUCCAGGCCACACGUCCCCUCGAUCAACAUCUGUUUGGCUCCGAUUCCUUUCUGUCAACACAACCGAGCCCUAAUAACCGAGCUUAUGAUGAGGGACAAAAUGAACGCGAAAGGCACGCCGUGCCUACUUUAGAUGAAGGCGACACUUCGAGAGACCCCCGGGAGCUUGAACUCUUGAAACUUUACCAAGAGUUCAGCGACCUCUCCGCCAAAAGGGUCCGAGUCCGGCAGUCACGUAUGGCUCUCAGAUACAAGCGGGAAGAUGAGCUAGAGCUUCGAGUCAAAUUUAUGAAGCAUCUCAACUCCUUCUUUGCGGACAUGGAUCUCCCCGAUGUGAAGCCCAUUAUGGAGGAAUACGAGCUUCUCCAGGUAGCCACGGAGGAUUACCUGAGUUCGGAGAAUAGCUAUCGGCAGGAGGAAAACGAGCUAGAAGAGCUAGAGUACAUGCUCUCUGUUUCGAUGGAGUCCUUGACCGGAUUCCCAGACAAAGAACCUACGCCCAUCCGGGUACCUCCGCCAAAUAUCCAUACAGAUACUGGAACGUGGAGCCCACUCUCCAAUAAUAAAGCUUCCACCAACGAGUUGCCUUGCAUAGUAAAUGCUUACUUGUCGCGUAUAGCUGACGAGCGCAUACUUCAAGAGCGCCUUGCAGAACUUGAUUCCGAAUGGUUCAUUACGGUGGAAAGACAAGCCGAGAGGAAACAUUAUAACAUAUCCCUGGAUGAGGAUUCGGCUGAGUUUCUGCAGACAUUCGAUGAGGAAAGAGCCACAAUCUGGAAGGAUCUCAACAAUGCGCAAAUGGACGUGAUCUCUCUCCACGCGAUCUGCCUUGAAGAAGGGCAUCGCGGCUUCGACUAUGAAGACAUCACAUCACUCGAUUCCAACCACCACUAUGUCAAUGACACUUGGGAGCACCAUAAGAACCCCUUAAGGCUCCCACUCCAAGAGUAUUCCGUGUUCCAAGGAGAUGCACAAGCCACGCGGUCAAAUGGUACCGGCCCAAUUCCUAUACAGCCCAGCAGGGAUGCUCCCAAACAUUCCCUAAUGACAGGCUCUGAGUUCUCCAAUGCCCUGCAACAAACAUCCUCAAUCCGCUCCAACGAGUUCAUUAACAAAUGGCGCCUCCACCAACUCCGCAUCUCGUCCAUGGGGAUAUGGCGCCUCCAGCGCUCCCCUCUUUGGCGAACUCUUCGUGAACAAGGCUGGAACGAUCACGAGAUUACCCAGAACAUCAUCAACAGCUGGUUGUCUGAUGAAACGGCGCGGGCGUGCUCACCUGAUAACUCCUCUCUCGACCACGCCGACGAGGGUACCGGUGCUGAUGAUGGCGACGCUGACGCUGACGCUGAUACCGUCAAAGGAUAUGCCCAGGGCCUCGAAAUAUGCGUCAAGGCGAAGAGGGCAUCCCAGUCCCUGCCAUCUUCACCGCGCACCUCAGGCCCAAAGCUCGAUCCACGCCGUAACUCGGGGCCUUGA